AAUCAAGCAUAUAAAAGAGCAACCACCAUUGUCCAUACAUCAUAAACAUUAAGCAUCUUCAAAAAGAGUUUCUACUUUCUACAUCACUUGCUAUAGUUACUACAAUCUUCAAUUACUUUGUAUUUCACAUACAUUUUAGCAUACUGUUAAAGAUAACAUCAUAACAACAUAAUGUCUUUGAAGAAUCGUAAUGUUGGUCGUAGGGCAUGGAACAUCCUACGGAUCUCGUUGUUGUGGGCACGUAAAAGUGGUGUGUUUAGGCGCAAGCUAGUGACGGAGCUGCGUCUUGUGCCAAAAUACUUGAAGUGCCUAGGACACAAAACCACACCCACUCAUCACAUUAACUACUUUGAGCGUGAACUCUCCUUCGACGAGACUCCUAUGUUCAAUGUCAAGAUGUAUCGUCCAUCAUCCCUGCGCUUUCACUUGCCGUGUAUAAAUCCACGAGUUGAUUUUGACUAUGAUUUUAAUGAUGAUGAAGAUAUUGUUGAUUAUGACAAUGGGAGAAGGAGUGAUCUCAUUGAUGCAGGAGAUUAUGACCAAGAAUUUUACCAUGGGGUUGAAUUGUGUGAAGAAAUGGGUUACAGAGAAGAAGUGCAAGAAGCUGAUGCACAAGGGGUAGAUAAACGUGCUGAUGAAUUCAUUGCUAAAUUCCGUCAACAAAUGAGACUUCAACGACAGAUUUCUCUUCUACAAUACAAGGAAACACCCAGCAGAGACACAAAUUGAUACAUUCGUAUUAUAUAUGCAAAUUUACUUUCUUUUAUUUUCUGCAAUCAACAUCAGUUUUGCUUCUUUGGUUUUAGUUUUGAUGCUAUGAUCAACAGAGAUUUUUAAUUGUGUAAAUACAAGGAGCUGCCAUUCUGGUAUUUACAUUAUUUUGUAGUUGUAAUUUCAAUAAAAGUACUAAAGUGUUACUACUUAUUUUUGAAUUUAAAA